AAAUACGAUGGAAGUACCAGGGAAAACAGCUAGAAAACAGAUCAAUAUUAAAAAGGGACAUCAGGUGGUGAAGCCAUAUGAGAAUACAUCUGAAAUGGAACAAUUAGAUUAUGAUGCCGUUUGUGAUAGGCACACAAAACAAAUUAUUAUGCUCUACUGUCCUCAUCAUGAUCAAGUGGGCUGUUGGGACUGCAUGAAUUUUGACCAUAAAACUUGCGAUGUUGAACUCAUUUCCAAUAUGGCGCAAGAUUUUAAGGACAGCGGAACAUUUAAACAAAUAACAAGGGAUGCUGAGGAAAGUAAUCUUCAGUCAAAAGCAAUGCUUAUUUCCACCCAAGCUAACAAGGAUCAAAUAAAGAAUGUUAACCAAAUGUUCAGGCAUGAUGCACAGACAUUCAGAGAUGAAAACAUUUCAUUCAUAACAAAAUUGGCAGAUGAAACGCAGAAAUAUGGCGAUGAAGUCAUGGCGGAAGACAUGGAACGAAUGGACAAGCUAGAAAAAGGAAACAAAAAAUUAAUUGCUGAAACCUCCAACAUAAAUGACACCUUACGAUCAUUAUCUGAUCAGCCUAAUAAGCUCUUCGUAAGCUCAAUUACAAACAAGAAUAGAAUUCAAAACGUUCAACAUCAAAUAGAAAAAAUCAAGGGGGAGAAUAGUUUCAACACGUACGUGUUUGAGCGUAACUGUGAUCUUGAACGGUCGGUAAAAGACUGUCAACAGCUUGGGAGUAUUUGGAAAAGUAAGAAUGAACCACAAGAAGAGACAGUGAGUCAAAAUCAUGAUGCAAACUCAAUUGAGUCUCCAUCCCCUCCUCUAUGUUUGGCUGUGCUGGAUAGACAACUGAUUUGCAAAAAUCUUAAAGUCAAUGGAAACAAAAUCAGGCAUGUCGGUAAACCAUUUUUCAGCGACAUUGGAAUAUAUAUUGACCAAAUACGUGUCAAGCCAGAACAAUUCGUUGAAAUAGAGAUAUUGAAAAUGCAUAAAAGCGGCUCUAUAGCAAUUGGUAUCGUGCAGGAGGAUGACUUUUCAGAUAAACUUCUACCGGGAUUUGACCAAGGGUCAUUAGGAUAUCAUUCAGACGGCAAAAUGUACUCAGGAAGUACCUCCGGUCAAAGAAUUUCACCUGCACUAAAUAUUGGUGAUCGAAUAGGAUACCAAGUGGUACUUGAUAACUUGAUGUAUGUUGAAGAGGUAUAUUUAGCCAGAUCGCGUAAAUUCCAAGGAUAUUUACGUUUGUCACUUUAAUAUCUCUAUUUAACACGUAGCUGUGCUAUUGCUGCAUUGUUGUAGCCAAAUAAAUAACAAUAUUUUAAAUCUAAAAUCAAACGAUAAACAUGCAUUACUUCUUUGUUCACUAUGAACUGUUUACGAUUUUGGUAUUUU